AUGUUUUCCCUUGUCCGCCUCGUCGUCUUCCUCCUUGCCGCUGCCGCUCUCGGCGAUGCCUCGUCAACGCCUGCACCGGCAGCAACAGUUGCCAAACGGCGCAGCGAGCCGAACCCGCGCAAUGGCCGUUGGGUUGACACAUGGGCCUCAAUGCCACAAUUGACGGAACCCGCCAAUCUCCCACCCGCGCCUUUUAACCAAACCGGCGCCGUCUUCGUCAACUCCACCAUCCGCCAGACGCCGCGCCUUUCCGUAGGCGCCUCGCAGAUCCGCCUCAAGAUCUCCAACGCCUUUGGCCUCACCAACCUGCCCAUCACGGCAGUCACUGUGGCACUGGCUGCGAAUGACACGGCCGGCAUCCACCAGAUGCAGCCCAAGACGCUGCAGAAGGUCACCUUUUCAGGAAGCGACUCCAUCUCCAUCCCGAAUGGCGCCCUCGCCGUGUCGGAUCCCCUCAACUUUCCAAUCAAGCCAAGAGCUCUGCUGUCCGUGUCCAUCUACCUGAAGGACGGCCAGACGACCAACUCAAUCACGAGCCACCCUGGCAGUCGGACUACGAGUUGGUGGCAGUUUGGGAAUGCCGUUGAUGCUGCCUCCCUUGCGGUGACUGACCCGUCCACGCAAAGCGCAGCUCACUGGUACUUCCUUUCCAGCAUCGAGGCGUGGGUACCGCCCUCACAUGGCAGCCUGGUCAUCGUGGGAGAUAGCAUCACGGACGGCCGCGGCUCGGAAACGAACAAGAACAAUCGCUGGCCGGAUCUUCUGCACGAGCGUCUACAAAAGUCCCCUUCCACCCGUCACAUCUCCAUCGCCAACCUUGCGGCUGGCGGUAACAGGAUACUGAACGAUGGCCUCGGACCCAACGCUCUUGGACGCAUCGAUCGCGACGUCCUCGCCCACCCGGGAGUCAAGUACGCAAUGAUCUUCGAAGGGGUCAACGACAUCGGAACCGCCGACACGACCCCAGCAGCUCAGGACUAUGUUUACCAGCGUCUCACGCAAACUUACCAGCAGAUGGUGACGCGCAUCCACGCUUUCGGCAUUCCCGUCCUGGCCGCGACCAUCACGCCCUUCUCUGCUCCCGCAAACUUCACGGGCCAGCCGUAUUCGCAUCCCGAACGCGAAAAGACGAGGACCAGAAUCAAUGACUGGAUCCGGAAAAGCGGUGUCUUUGACGCAGUCGUGGAUUUCGAUGCUAUGCUCCGGGAUCCGCAGAUACCGAGCCAGUUGAAGAGCGAGUUUGAUAGUGGUGAUUAUCUGCAUCCUAGUGUCAAGGGGUACCAGCGCUUGGCGGAUGCGUUUCCAGUGGGCGUUUUUCGAGAGUGGGAAAGGGGCGCCGAUGAGUUUGUGUAG